AUGCCAUCUGAAUCCGAGCCUCUCUUGGGCAACCGGCACCCACGCCAAACCUCUGCACGGUCGCAGAGGCUGUCGCGCUACUUCCAUGAUGAGCUCGACCCGCGGCGGGGAGAUCUUCUGCUACUCUUCUGCUAUAUCAUUACUGGCCUACUAGACAGCUCUGCCGUGUUUAUCUGGGGCUCUUUCGUGAGCAUGCAGACUGGGAACACGGUCUAUUUUGGCCUCGGUCUGGUCGGAACAGACGAUGAUCGAUGGAUCAAAUCGGGCGUCUCGAUUGCGGGAUUUUGCCUGGGAUCCCUAUGCUUCGCAGCCUUUCAUCGCGCUUUUUCUCCCAGGCAACGCUGGGUGCUUUGCGCAUCUUUUCUGACCCAAUUGGCGUGUAUCACCGCGGCAGCCAUUAUCGUGACACUGUACAGGCCAUCUCGGGAUGCCCCCUUGAGCUGGCUGGUAUUGGCUCCACUCGCGCUAGUCGCAUUCCAGGGCAGCGGCCAGGCGGUGGCAAGUCGCGUGCUCAAGUACAACGGCCUCACAAGUGUGGUUCUCACCAGUGUCUACUGUGACUUGUUCUCUCAUCCUGAUUUUCUGUCCCCCAAGGUCGUGGGUAUUGCCGAAGAGAUGCGUCGUACGGGCGCGGUGGUCUGUCUCUUAUUCGGGGUUAUUCUAGGCGGGCUUUGGGCGCACAGCUCGGUCGGCUUGAUGGGGGCACUAUGGACUGCGGCGUUCUUGAAGGCGGGCAUUGUGCUCGCAUGGUUAUUCUGGAGGAAGGAGGAACAUCUAUAG